AAUAUUCUAUGUUAAUAAGUUUACUUUAAAUUUACUAAGCGAUAAGACUAACGUCUUUAGAUAGAAAAUUUAUUGUUAGUCAUUUACUUUUUUUAAACAUGAAACUUUUUUUUAGUUUAUAUAGUAUCUUCUAGUCAUUAUGUCCAAUCUACAAAAAUUUAUACGCAAAGGUUUGGGUAAUAAAAAAGAUUAUCUAUCUUAUACUCUAAAGAAUGGUUUGCGAUGUUUACUUAUUAGUGUCGGAGAAAAUGAAGACAUUUUAAACAACAAACCUAAACUACAGACUUCAUGUAUUACUGUUGAAGAUAGUGAUGGUUCUUCAUCAGAUAGUUCUUGCUCUAGUACUGAAGAUGAAAAUGAAUCACAAUUAACAGAUUCUUGUGCUAUGUCAUUAUGUGUUAAUAUUGGAAGUUUUUGUGACCCAAUAGAAGCACAAGGAUUAGCUCAUUUACUAGAACAUAUGGUAUCAAUGGGUAGUGAACGUUUUCCAGCAGAUAAUCAUUUUGAUCGGUUUCUUUACCGUAAAGCAGGUUAUUCAAAUGCCGAAACAGGAUGUGAGUAUACAAAUUUUCAUUUUGAAGUACCUCUAGAAUAUUUUCAAGAAGCUGCAGAUAUAUUUGCCAGUAUGUUCCAGGCCCCAAAAUUGGCCAAAGAAUCAAUAGAUAAAGAAAAGCAAGUUGUUGAUUCAGAAUUUCAAAUGGCAUUAAAUGAUGAUGAUAGUCGUAUUCAAAGAUUAAUAUCUAUGUGUGCUGAUAAGUCAAACCCUGCAUGUCAAUUUUUUUGGGGCAAUUUAGAAAGUUUGAAUGAUGAAAAUUUGGGCCAAAUGGUAGUUGAUUUUUGGAAAAAGUAUUAUUCAGCUAGUAGGAUGACAUUAGCAAUUCAAAGUAAGCAAUCAACUCAUGAAAUGCUAGAAUGGGUUGAAAAGAUGUUUAGUAGUAUACCAACAGAUAAUAAAGUACCUCCAAAUUUUAAGGUAAGCCCAGAACCAUUUGUCCAGGAGAGUUUUCAUAAAUUAACAAAAAUUAUUUCAAUAAGUUCUACAAAAAAAAUAAUAUUUUCUUGGUAUUUACCACCAGUAAUUAAAUUAUACAAAAAUAAACCUUUGGAGUAUUUGGCUUGGAUUAUAGGCCAUGAAGGAAAAGGUACUUUAAUUAGCUACUUAAGACAAUUAAAUUAUGCAAUGGAACUAGAGGCUGGAAUAGAAGAUGAUUUCUCCAGUAACAGUAUUUAUAGUUUGUUUUCAAUAACUAUUGAACUAACCACAUUGGGCCUGACUAAAUUAGGUGAAGUAAUUGAAUUAACAUUUGGUUACUUAAAUUUAAUUAGAAGAGAAGGUAUUUCAGAAGCAAUCUUUAAACAGCUACAAAUUUUGGCUGAAAAUGAUUUUAACUUUGCUGAAAGUAAAUCUGCUAUUGAUCAUGUUACUGAAUUAUCAGAAAAUAUGCUUGUUUAUGAAGAAGAAGAUUACAUAAGUGGUCCAUUUUUAUUCCUAAAAUACUCCCCAGAAAUUAUACAAAAAUUUAUCAAUUUAUUAACUGCAGAUCGGGUAGCAAUAUUUGUGCUAGCUAAAGAAUUCAAUGAUUCAGAUCUAUUUACCAAAGAUCCUAUUUUUGGAACACAAUAUAUAACAGAAUCAAUUACCAGUGAGUGUGAAGUAAAAUGGUCAACUAUUAAGCCUCACCAGUACUACAGUAUUCAAAAAGAAAAUCUAUUUUUAACAACAAAUUUUACAAUUUUACCUGAAUUAGCAGAUUAUAACAGAUAUCCACAAAAAAUACUUGAAAAUGAGUAUAUAGAAUUAUGGUAUAAACAAGAUACGCAUUUUAAAUUACCAAAAGGAUAUGUUAUGUUGAAUUUUAUAUCAACAUUACCUUCAAAAUCUUUAGAAAACUACAUAUGUUUUGAUUUAUUUUUGGAUUCAAUUGUAUUUUUAUUAAAUGAAGAGACAUAUCCAGCAGCAAUGGCUCAACUUUCUUAUGGAAUAAGAAUAUUUUAUAAUGGAUUUGAAUUGACAUUUACUGGUUUUAAUGAAAAAUUACAUUUACUUAUUAAUAUUGUAAUUAAAUACAUAAAAGAUUAUGAAAAAUUGAUGACUGAAAAAAUAUUCAAAAUGGUAAAACCUAAAGCUAUAAAUAAACUAAAAAAUAAUCAGUAUGAUCUAGACUAUGUACCAUCUGAUUUAAAAAACAGUUUGAUACAAGAACCCGAUUGGAACCUGGAUGAAAAAUUAAAAAGUUUAGAAAAAUUAAACUACAAUACAUUGAUAGAGUUUUAUAAAAAUAUGACAGUUUUAUACUGUCAAGCUCUAAUUCAAGGAAAUAUCCAUAAAAAUGAAGCUAUAAAUAUUUCUCAAAGAGUUGUUGAUACUUUAAAUUACAAACCAUUAGACAAGAAAGAUUUUCCUGUAAUGUUAGUAAAAAAACUAAACAGUGGAGAAAACCGAAUAAAAUUGUCUAACUACAAUCCCAAUGAUAAUAAUUCCAUAGCUUAUAAAUAUUAUCAAUUUGAUAAAAAUAACUUGCAGGACUCUGUCAAAUAUUAUGUACUUCAGUCUAUGGUGGAAGAAUCUGCAUUUGAUGAGUUACGAACAAAACAAUGUCUAGGUUAUGAUGUUCAAUUUAAUGUAACAUCCUCUUUUCAACACUAUGGAUUUUAUUUUAAAGUGGCCCACCAAAAAAAAAAAUUUGAAACUAAGUAUGUGUUUGAAAAAAUGGAUGAAUUUUUAAAAAACUUUUGGAAAGACUUCAGUGAUGCAGAGGAAGUUGAUAAAGUAAGAGAAGCUUUGAUUGCAUUAAAAACAGCUCCAGAUGAUUGUUUAGUACAAGAAUUUAAUAGAAAUAGAAAUGAAAUUUUAGAGAAUCGUUUUAAAUUUGAUAGAUUGGAAUUGGAAAUAAAAGCACUAAAAAUUUUAAAAUUUGAAGAUGUUCAAAUCUUAAAAGAUGGUUUUUUAAAAAAUAGUAGAAUACUCAGUGUUGAAAUUAUUGGAAAUUCUGAAGACUUAACAAAUGACAAUGAUAUUAAUAGUCCUCCAAUAAAAAAAAUAUGUUUGGAUGAUGAUACAGAAAAUUAUGUUUAUGUUAAAAAUUUUGAUGAGUUUAAAAAUACCUUAAAAUCUUAUUAAAUAUCAAGUGUUAUCACUGAAAUUUAAUAAUAAAAAAAAUGUACUGUAAUCAAAAGUUUUUUUUUUGAAAAUUAUAAAACAAAAUAUAAUUGUUUUAUAUCAUACUUAAUAUUUUUUUAAUUGAAAAUUUUGUUUUAAUUCAUUUUUAAAUGGGUCAAUUGUUACCAUACAACAAAAACAAUAAAAACCCGUUUCCUUACUUAUGGAACAUUAAUAUAUUAUAAAGUAUAUGUGCCAUUAGUCAUUAAGAAAAAAAU